AGGAGUCUGUAGCGUCUCGGAUGUGGAAAGUGGCCCUGGGGCGGCCUCCUUCUUGUCCCCUCAGCUUGCCCACCCGAGGCCGGGUCCCCAGGUGCCGGCGGCGGCGGCUGGGCCUGUCGCGGAGCGUUCUCUUUGCCCGAGUCCUGGGCCUGGGGGAACCGAGCGGUGAGGGAGCGGCGCCCGGCCUGGCCCAGCCCCGGUCCAGCCCCGGCUUUCCCGGGGCCUGUGACGGUGGCCACAGGCCUCGCCGCGCCCAUCCCAGCCUGGGGCGGGGCGCGACCUCCCCGCCCGGGUCCCCGCCCCUCCUGCCUGCCCAGCGCCUGGUCAUUCCCGUCAGCCCAGCGGCGGCGUAACCGUCUCGCCCCUCCGGGACUCGGCAGUUCCCUGGCUCCGGCCGCUGGGGAACAUGGAGUUUGCGGAGCUAAUUAAGACGCCACGGGUGGACAAUGUGGUGCUGCACCGGCCUUUCUACCCGGCCGUCGAGGGGACCUUGUGUCUUACUGGCCACCACCUGAUCCUGUCUUCCCGGCAGGACAACACGGAGGAGCUGUGGCUCCUCCAUUCAAACAUCGACGCCAUCGACAAGCGGUUUGUGGGACCACUGGGUACCAUCAUCAUAAAAUGUAAGGAUUUUCGAAUUAUUCAGUUGGAUAUUCCUGGAAUGGAGGAAUGUUUGAAUAUAGCCAGUUCCAUUGAGGCAUUAUCUACCCUGGACUCCAUCACUCUGAUGUACCCUUUCUUUUACCGGCCCAUGUUUGAAGUGAUAGAAGAUGGCUGGCAUUCUUUCCUUCCUGAGCAAGAGUUUGAACUCUACUCUUCAGCUACCAGUGAAUGGAGGUUAAGCUAUGUCAAUAAGGAAUUUGCUGUUUGCCCCUCUUACCCACCAAUCGUCAUAGUGCCCAAAGCCAUCGAUGAUGAAGCUCUUCGGAAGGUAGCUACGUUUCGGCAUGGAGGACGCUUCCCAGUGCUCAGCUAUUAUCAUAAGAAAAAUGGAAUGGUUAUUAUGCGAAGUGGUCAGCCACUCACUGGCACAAAUGGGAGACGGUGCAAAGAAGAUGAGAAGCUGAUAAAUGCUACCCUCAGGGCAGGAAAGCGUGGCUACAUCAUUGACACCCGACCUCUAAACGUAGCUCAGCAAGCUAGAGCCAAAGGAGGUGGCUUUGAGCAAGAAGCUCAUUAUCCCCAGUGGAGGCGGAUUCAUAAGUCCAUUGAGAGGUAUCACAUUCUUCAGGAGAGCUUAAUCAAACUCGUGGAAGCUUGUAAUGACCAAACACAUAACAUGGACCGAUGGCUCAGUAGAUUGGAGGCCUCCAACUGGCUGACUCACAUCAAAGAGAUUCUGACAACUGCCUGUCUGGCAGCUCAGUGUCUCGACAGGGAAGGAGCAUCCAUACUGAUUCAUGGAACAGAAGGAACUGAUUCCACACUCCAGGUUACCUCCCUGGCCCAGAUCAUCUUGGAACCAAGAAGCAGGACCAUCCAGGGCUUUGAGGCCUUGAUAGAGAGAGAAUGGCUUCAGGCUGGUCACCCAUUCCAACAGCGCUGUGCACAGUCGGCCUAUUGUAAUAGUAAGCAGAAGUGGGAGUCGCCUGUAUUUCUUCUCUUCUUGGACUGUGUGUGGCAGAUACUUCGUCAGUUCCCUUGUUCGUUUGAAUUUAAUGAGAAUCUCCUCAUCAUGCUCUUUGAGCAUGCAUAUGCCUCACAGUUUGGAACAUUUCUGGGCAACAAUGAAAGUGAAAGAUGUAAGUUGAAGCUACAGCAGAAAACGAUGUCUCUAUGGUCCUGGGUGAACCGGCCCAGUGAACUGAGUAAGUUCGCCAACCCUCUCUUUGAAGCCAACAAUCUUGUCAUCUGGCCUUCGGUUGCUCCACAGAGUCUUCAGCUGUGGGAGGGUAUUUUUCUACGUUGGAACAGAUCCUCCAAGUAUUUGGAUGAAGCAUAUGAAGAAAUGGUUAACAUCAUUGAAUAUAACAAGGAAUUACAAGCAAAAGUAAAUAUCCUUAGGCGGCAGUUGGCAGAACUGGAGACUGAGGAUGGGAUGCAGGAGAGCCCCUGAAUUCCAGAUCCCCUGCAGCCCUUGGAGGACCGUCCAGACUGGUAUCCCAUCUCUCUCUCCCUUGCCCUUCAGUUCACUUUCACACAGUAGCCUUAAACUUAAGGCUUUAGGUGUGAGAACCUUCUAAUAUAAUGGACUCUUCAAAACUUUAUGAAUGGAACUUACUAUAAUUAUUCACGUUUCAUGUGGCCUGUUAGGCCUCUUCACUUUGGGAGCAGGAAGGAGGCGCUAGUCAUUUUAUUUUACAUGAAACAAGUGACCUAUUUAAUGCCAUUUGUGUUAUACGCCAUUUCACCCUAAGCUUUUCUCUGCAUCCACUUUCCAAACAGUGCUCCAGACCAGUCAAGGAUAUGAUUAAUCUCUUAGGGAAUAUCUGUUAGUUUAAAAAAAGGCUUAGACUUUGAAGCACUCCAAAUAUAGAAAUAUUUUUCAAACCUGAAAUGGUUGGUAAACCAAGAAUUUUGUGUUUAACAUGCCGUUUCCAAUAUCUUUGCCACAUAAAGAAGCCAUUCUCUUUAAAAUAGUUUUGGACUGACAGAGCUGAAUUCAUCCUCAUUCUGAUUUGUCAAGAAAGCAAAAGCUGAAUAUUUAUUCAAGGUCAAUUAUUUUUACAAGGGCAACAGCUAUAGUCCUGAUAUUUACAUUAAGAAGAAGUAAAUUUAUUGUAACAGUAGACACUAAAGUAUGUACAAUAUAGAAAUAAAGUAGGAAUUUGUUACUGAUAAGGUAUUAUUAGUGUUGAAUUGGUUUUUCAGGGUUUUGACACACAUGUUAAAUGUGUGUCAAAUGCUGGAUGUAACCUUAAACCGUCAUUUAGAAUAGAUGUUAAUUUGUUAUGAUUAAGCUACAAAUACGGUUUCCUUAAACCAGAGAUGCACUGCCUUUGUCUGAAGUUCUUAUUGCACUGGUUUAUGUACGGAUAUGUGUUUUAUUGUGUUUUGUUUUAUUUUUAAAUAUUCUAAGAGUUUACUAAUACUAAGGUUAAAAUUUUCUUAUUGUCUUGAGCCUUUUGAAAAUUUAUCUUGACUCUGCUGAUUUGUCCAUUAUAUGUUAGGCAAAUAAUAAUUUAAGUGGAGGUGAAAGUUUAUGAACAUGAUACAGCUAUGUUUUAAACUUCAGAAGCCAAUUUGAAAUGUUUCAAUGUUACAGAAACAAUGAUGACUAUAUGUAUAUGCUAUGCUGGUUUAUGCCUGCAAUUCUAAAAGUUUGUGGUUUGGUGCUUUCCUUGUACAUUUUUGUUUUGUGGCACAGGUCGUUUUAACAGAUACUGUCAAUUCUAGUUUUCCUUUAAAAGGAUAGUUGAAGGGCAAUCAAUACCGUUUCCAUCCCAUCUAUAUAUAACCAUUUCAUUGUAAAACACAACAAAACUGAACCUUGCUUUAGGGCUAUGUAUUGAGUUAAAAUUUUAAUUCUUCAAAAUCGACUGUAGCAAAAUCUAAUGGCCACGUUCAGAGCCUUAGAAAGUGGCAAAUACUUUCUAUCUCCAGUUGCCCAAGCUUUUUUUUUUCUGUUUCCUCAGACUUGUAGCAAAAGGUUAGACAGCAAUCCACAGCUGGAGCUCUCUUUUGGUAAAUUUGUCUGCUUUCUCCUCUAAGCCAAGCCCAGUUUUAUUCGUGACCUGUUUUCUUGGCUAUAGUUAUGAAUCUUGGGGCAUUAAAGGCCUCACCUAAAGGCUAAUAAGGCAAGGAGCAAAGAAGAUGUACUUUCUUGCUGUAGAUAUCUGUGUGUUGUGUGAAAUGUCUAUUAAUUUUUUAAAAGAGGAAACACCCUAGCAUUUUAUGGAUCCUCAAAAUUGAAGAAGGAGCCUUUUUCUCCUCAGUUAAUGGACCCAUAAGGAAAACCAUAUAGAGAUUUUUUUUUUUAGUGAUUCUUUCUUUAGAAGUGACUCUCACUGGUAAUAUUAAUUGGCCAUAAGGCUUCUGUGGGUGGAAACUUUGGAGGGAUUUUUUAUUAGGCUUGGUCAUGGAGAAAUUGUAUGCCAUCAACUUAUACCUGUCUUCCUGAUGAACAUUUUACAUGUGAGCCAGAGUACAAUAAUAGCAUAGUGUUUCAAUUUUUCUUUCUUUUAUUGAGACAGCAUUCAUAAGCUGUUUGGACAAGUUUGUGUUUUAGUGUUAAUUUAUAAUUAGGGAUUGUCCAAACCUCAGUUCUGUUUACAGGGUGUAAAAACAAACUUUGGUAUCAAUGCACUUUCAAAGGGGUCAUCUAAUAAGGCAAAUACUAAGGUUUCCCCAAACCUGAGAACUCUGUCAAAGACAAGUGCUUUCUCAAUAUAAUUUGCAGAGGGUUUUUAGUAAUACUAUUAAAGUUACUCAUCCCUUGGAUAAAAAGAAUUACAGUGGAUAUACUUAUGAGAAGCUACUUAUUAAGGGUUAAGUUUGGAGAAUUGUCUUUGAUAAAUAUGGCUUUAAAAACUUUAAUGAAGAGAAUGAUGGCCGAAUUAGUGAGCAUGCAGAUUGCGCCAUUACAAGCCAAAAAUAAAGUGAGAUAUAAUCAA